UAACACUGCCAGAUAAACUAAAAAAAUCGAAUUGAUUUAUUUAAUUCCACGGAAGACGCGACGGUUACAGAAAAGCUGAGACAUGUCCAACGAAAAGGAGGACGAGUGCGACAAGCACAAGCAGCAGGCGGCGUCGGACGCGAAGUCCACGUCCAGCGAGGAUUCGGAUGAGUACCAAUCGGCCGGUGAAGGCGAGGAUGGCGAUGGUGAUUGUGACGGUGAUUCCCCAGCGGAGCGCCCACCUGACAAAACCAGCCCAACGGUCGAUGCCACGCCUACAGCGAAGCCAGCUUCGCCACUGCCCACUGUGAAGUCGACAUCCGAGGCUAUUCUGGACUAUCCCAUGCACCGGAGCGUUUUCGAGGACGACAUCAAGUCUUUGCAGCGACGACUACUUUUGAGCACGGCCCAAGACGAAGUGGCUCGCAAGGAUAAGCAUGGCAAUACGCCACUCCAUCUGGCCGUAAUGCUGGGCAGAAAGCACGCUGUCCGUUUGCUUCUGGCCCAAAACGCACCCGUCAAGAUCAAGAACAAUGAGGGCUGGUCCCCACUGUCCGAGGCCAUCAGCUACGGCGAUCGCCAGACAAUCACCCAGGUGCUGCGGAUGCUAAAGCUGCAGUCACGCGAACACAUGGAGAGUCGGCGCGAGAAACUGGUCAAUGCGCUGCGCCAGAUGCAGGACUUCUAUAUGGAAUUUAAGUGGGAUUUUCAAUCCUGGCUGCCGCUCGUUUCACGCAUCCUGCCCUCGGACAUCUGCCGGCUUUACAAGUCGGGUGCCUCCAUUCGUUUGGACACCACACUGGUGGACUUCAAUGAUAUGCGCUGGGAGAGAGGAGACAUAUCGUUCCUGUUUAGAGGGGAGGCGCCGGCAAGGGAAUCGCUGGUUCUGUUGGACAAUGAGCAGGAGUGCUUUCAGCGUCUACGAUACGAGGAAUCAGACAUGGAGGAUGAGGUGGAUGUGCUCAUGUCGACCGAUAUUCUGGCCACCCAGAUGUCCACCAAGACGAUACAAUUCGCACGGGCGCAACGCGGCUGGAUAUUCCGCGCCAAUCGCAAGGAGCUCAUUGGGGGCCAGUACCAGUGCGAGAUUUACACCAUCCAGGGUUUGAUCCUCAAGCAGCGCAAGAGGCGGGAACAUCUGUCACACGAGGAUCUACAAAAGAACCGCGCCAUUGUCGAAACCAUUACCAAGGGUGGCAACCAGCAGCCGGAUACGCGUCGAUCCAGCCUAGGCAGCCAGCACACGGCCACGCCGCCAGAGACCAAUACACCAACGGCUCCCAAUGGCAUCUCACUGCCAGAACUGCCGCGCCGCAGCUCGCUGCAGGCUCCGCCGCCUCCCACAGUCACCUGGCGGCAGUAUCUCGAUGCGGAAGUCGGUAAGUGCCCACAACUGGGCAGGACACCCGUGCACAAGCAAUCCAACAAGACGCUACGAGCCACGGUAGCCAUGAGCAAGGACUUUCCACUUAGCGUGGACAUGCUGCUGGACGUUCUGGAAGUCGUGGCACCCUUGAAACACAUCAACAAGCUGCGCGAAUUCGUCACGCUGAAGCUACCGACGGGCUUUCCCGUAAAAAUUGAGAUACCCGUGCUGCACACGGUGACCGCCAAGGUGACGUUCCAAAAAUUCGAGUUCCGCGACAACAUCCCCGCCAAGAUGUUCGAGGUGCCAUCGCACUACUGGGAGGAUGUGCGUCGCUUUCAGGACUUAUGACCAGGCGACGGAGAAGCUGCGCCAAAGGCCAAAGCUCCAACUCCCGGGCAGACCGGCGCAGCAACGGGCGUUCGUGUCGAUUUGAAUCGCAAUGCGUCCUCGCCCUCCAUUGCGGAGUUCGAUUGAUGAGGCGUCCCACGCGCCAUACGCCUCUCAUCCUGCCUGUCUGCCCACACAUUUCAGGUCGCGUUUGGUGAUCACUCCAGCGAAAGUCGGAGGAUACAGCUCGAACGGGCGGCUUGUUUAUGUAUGUAUGCUUAAGAGGAAAACACCCACACACAAAAAAUUGCAAUUUUUACCUUUAGGGAAUCGCAUAUUCGCUGUCUAAAUCCAAAUUGGAUGGGCUGAAAAUUGCAAUUUUACAUUUACGUUUUGUUAUGUACUGUAUUUGUUUGUAAUCCCUUCCGCAAUUGGGAGGGGCCAUUACUUAGUAGUAUUUAUUGUUAGAUUGAACAACAUUCUGCACAGGCUCGUCAUUUUUCACAGACCGAGUGAAUCACUUCAACUCAAAUUGGUGAUUUCAGAUUGCCGCCCUUUAUGGGGUGGGGUCUCAAAACAGCUGCUCCAUUGGCGAGGAAUCUAGAAAGUUCUCUUUCCGAAAUUGCCCUUCGUAUCUGCCGAUAAUCGCGGCGGUGCGAAGGUAAAAGUAAAUGUCCAAUCUGUAGAAUUGCUGGCUGAUAGCCACGUUUCAAGCAACAAUUUGAAAUGUUAGUUUGUAAGUGAUUAGAUGUUGUCCAAUAUCCGAUCGUUUCACAGCCGUUUAUCAUUUUAUUUAUGUGUACAUCCCCUUAAGUGUUUAGUGCAAUUUCAUACAUAGUUUUAAGGUCAACUGGGAUAGGCGGAUGCUUGUUUUUGCCCCUUUCCAAAAAAAAGAGUCCACAUACCCGCUUGAAGAGCGUACAUCAAACAAUUGCGUUCGUUUUCUACUUAGGCUACGUGUGCUAGAGAAUCGAUCGCAAAACCAUUUCCAUCGCCUUGCUUCACAAUAGUCUCGAGUAUUUAGAAGUGCGCAAAACUUAGAACAGCUUCACAAAUCAAUUAUUAAUAAAUAUUUAUAUACACGUAUGUACCCAUGUAUUUAUUUAUUAUUUAGUUCCAUCUUAGCCAAUUAUUUAUGCCGUAACGAGCGUCUGUACUUGCAUUCUAUUUUUGUUAAUCAACAAAAGCAGCUAGCACCGAUUUACUUUCGGCUCGCAUUGCUUUGUUGUGAUUUUGCCCUUUUAACUACGUGUAUUUAUGUAUAACUGCCAUCGCUUGCUUUCCUUCGGACACAAUUUUUAAUUUUUUUUAUAGAAUUGCAGCCCAUAUAGGUAAAACUAAUGCGAUAAUCAAAUGAAAUCGUUUUUAAACCGUAAUCCUAGAUCAAAACACAUCCUUACAUAAACUCUGAUGUAAGCAAAAAUCAGUAUAUUUUACUAGUUAAGGCGAUUUAUUGAAACAUUUAUAUUUAUACGUGGCCACCCUAACUGUAACUGAGGCGAGCAAUUGUAUACGCUCUUAAAAAUAAUUAUAUA